AUGUUGCAGAAAUAAUUAAACAACUACAUAUAUGAGGAAAGAAACAUAGGUGGUGGAUAAUUCAGUGAGGUGUUUUUGGGAUUUGAGAUUUAUACUAAGGAGAAGGUAGCUAUUAAACAAAUCGAUUGUUCAAGAAUGAGAGAUUAGGUAAUGAUCUAGAUGAUGAAAAAUGAGAUUGGGAUUUUGAAAAUCAUACCAAAAUAGUAAAACAUUUUGAAAUUUUAUGAUGUAUUUCAAAAUAAUUAACUCGUUUAUAUAAUUACUGAGUAUUGUAAUCAAGGGGACUUAUAAUAGUUUAUUCUGAAUCAUCAAAUUACUGAAGAUUUAGCAAAAGAUUUAAUCACCCAAAUAUUAGAUGGUCUCUAGCAUUGUAAGAAUAAUUAUAUAAUUCAUAGAGACAUCAAACCAGCAAAUAUAUUCAUGUGCAAUGGCAUUCCUAAAUUGGCAGAUUUUGGAUUUGCUUUAUGUAAAAAUCUACAAAAUGGAAUCGAUAUACAAAAUUAUAAUGUUGGCACUCCCAUGUAUAUGGCUCCAGAAACUUUAUUGAAUAAUCAUUAUAGUUUUAAGAGUGAUAUAUGGUCAGCUGGAGCAGUUCUGUAUGAAAUGGUAUUUGGAUAAUAGCCAUUUAGAUCACAAACAGAGCCAGAACUAGUGCAAAAACUCAAAGCUUAUAUUAAAAGAAUGGAUUACUUUAUUAUCCAUUCAAGUGUUCUCGUUUUUUGGAUAUUCUGA